AUUCCAUCAAAAUAAUCAUAUAACACUCCCUAAAUUAAAAAGAUAAAAAGAGUGAAUUUAUCAUUAAAAAAAAAAUAAUAAAUAUAUAAAAUAAUAUAAAAUAAAUAAUAAUGAAUUCUAAGAUUGAAAAAUGUUGUGUUAAAGAUCAAACUAAAACCGGAAAACAAACAAGAGACGAACAACAAGCGAUCGAAUCGGUAAAAGAUUAUUACAGUAAUGUUCUUAAAACCAACAAAGAUUUAAAAACUAGCGCAUGUUGCGCAAAAGAUUCCAUCCCAGAGAACGUAAAGGCAAUUAUGAAAGAUAUUCAUCCUGAAGUUCUUUCCAAAUUUUAUGGUUGUGGUUCUCCUGUCCCUCCCGCGUUAAAAGGAAAGACAGUUUUAGAUUUAGGAUCAGGUUCUGGUCGAGAUUGUUUCAUUUUAUCCAAGUUGGUUGGUCCAGAGGGUAAAGUAAUCGGAAUUGAUAUGACUGAUGAACAACUUGAAGUUGCUAAUAAUCAUAUCUCUUACCAUAUGGAUCGAUUCGGAUACGAUAAACCUAAUGUGAUUUUCAAAAAAGGAUAUAUUGAAGACCUUCAAGCAGCCGGUAUUGAAAGCGAAUCAAUAGAUGUUGUAAUUUCAAACUGUGUUCUUAACCUUUCUACUAAUAAGAAGAAAGCAUUUUCGGAAAUCUUUCGAGUUCUCAAGACAGGAGGUGAACUAUAUUUCUCUGAUGUUUUUUCAGGAAGUAGAAUUCCAGAAGCUCUUGUAAAAGAUCCAGUUCUAUUUGGAGAAUGCCUAAGCGGGGCGCUUUAUAUUGAGGAUUUUCGACGUUUACUUACAAGCUUAGGUUAUCCUGAAUAUCGAAUUUUAUCAAAACAAAAGAUCGACUUGAAUGAUUCGGAAGUCAAACAAAAAGUGGGAAUGAUCGAUUUUUAUUCUAUCACAGUUCGUACUUUUAAAUUACCUUUCGAGGAUCGUUGUGAAAAUUAUGGACAAGUAGCAACCUAUAAAGGAACUAUUGAAGAAGCUCCAGUUUCUUUCGUAUUGGAUGAUCAUCAUGUGUUUAAAGUCGAUGAAUCUAUUCCAGUUUGUGGCAAUACAUCCAUGAUAUUACAGAAAACUCGAUAUGCGGAACACUUUGAUGUUAUUGGAGAUACAACCUUACAUUAUGGGCUUUUUGAUUGUUCAUCUAAAUCGGAUAGUAACUGUUGUUAAUAUAUACAGUAUAUAACACGUAACUUGUUAAUAAUCAGGUUGUAUAAACAAGGUAUAACACGUAACUUAUUAUUAAUAAUCAGGUUGUAUAACAAUACUGUAUAUAUAUCACGUAACUAAAUUGAUUAUCUCUCUUCUGAUAUUUAUUAUAAUUUCUUUUUUUAUUUAAAAUUUGACCUAUUUCUUAUUUCAAGAAUUUUCUGUAUACAAAAAAUUAUUAUUAAAUAAAAUAAUAUUAUAAUAUUUUAUUGUUUACG